AUGGAUAAAGUAGAAUCAGAUUGUGUACUCUGUGUAUAGGAAGCAGACAUAAUUGGACUGGGUCAUUGUAACCACAAAACAUUCUGUUAUCAAUGCAUGAUCAAAAUGAGAGUGAUAAGCAAAAUAACAAUGUGUCCCAUUUGCAAGCAAUAACUUGACAAGAUAAUUCUCACUGACAAUCUCAAUGCUCAAUUCGCAGACUUUUAAAUCAAUAAACUCAUACCAAUCACAUAUUCAGAAGCAAAAGAUGUCUUUUAUACAGAUUCCGAGGAUAUUAAAACGAAAGUCGAAAGUCUCAACAAUUUUAAAUGCCCAUUCCAAGAAUGCUAGAAUGGGUAAUUGAUGAGCAAUUACAAUCAAUUACGAUUCCACCUGAAAGAUUAGCAUCAACGAUAAUUUUGUGACGUCUGUAUUGAAUAGAAGACCUGUUUUCUGGUUGAAUAAUAGGUGUAUACAGAUUACGAACACCGUAAACAUCUACAACAUGGUGAUUAUGACGAAGAUGGCAAUCUCAUCUUUAAACAUCCCUAUUGCAAAUAUUGCAAAAAGAACUUUUAUGACGAAGACAAAUUCAAAUACCACUUGAACAUCGCUCACAUAAAUUGUAAUUUGUGUGACAAUAGAAAGUUUGUAUUCUACAAGGAUCACUUAAGUUUUGAAAAGCAUUUAAAGCUCUCACAUUUUUUAUGUGAAGAGCCAUUAUGCAAAUCAAUGUUGAUAGUAUUCAAAAACGCAGGUGAACUUGAUAUGCACAAGAAUUAAAGUCAUCGAAAUGAUCCAAGAAUAAAGAAACCAAAUCAAUAUAAUAUUCAAUAAUUUGCUGGAUUUUAUGAUAAUCCAAAAUAAAACGUACAAAACAACGACAAUGAGGGAUGGGAUUUCAGCGAUCAAUUCCCAUCACUUAAAUAAACAAAUCUAAGAGCUGUUGUUCAUCGUGAUUAACAUAAUGAUGAAAAAAUCGACUUUAGAGACUUUUUAUAUGUUGAUUACAAUGAUGAAAUAGAUAAAUAAUCUGAUCAAAGUGAAAAACUCCAUUCUUAAUAAAAUGUUCAUUUAGAGGAUCUUCGUCUUGUCAAACCUGCAACUAUUCCAAGCAUUAAUCAUGAUUCCUUUAUUAGAAAAUGUUCUUUCUUCUUGAGAAAUCAAAAAGGCAAAGAAGAUCAAAUUAGAAAAAUGAUUAGCAUGUUUGAAUAAGAGAGAUAUGAUCCUGAAAAUUUUACCACUGAUUUCAUUAGAUUAUUUGAGUUGAAAACAGGAUUAAGAUUGAUAACCUUCUUUAUGGCUAUGAGAGAGCUUAAAGAGAGGAAAGAUUUAUGGAAAAAAGUUGAUGAUGUAUAUUUUAAAGAGUUGCAGAGGUUGCCAAAAAAAAAUAAUUCAAUUAUUAUGUAAUGCAAAACUUACUCAGAAUUGUUUUUAAAAUUAUUAGAUGAAUUGAAUAUCAAUCUGGCUUGUAGAAUUGAAAAGGGAGAACUUAAAAAUUAUGCUGAUACUGCCAUGCCAAAAGAGAGAAUAUUUUAAUUUAUUGAAGUACUCAGACAUGUAAAAACUUAAGAAAUGGGUAAAUUCAAGUUUGCUUUGAAUUUUGGUUUGGUCCAAUAAGUAUUGGAGCACAUUAAAUAAAAGAUUUUAUUAGAUGAUUUCUCAAACAUUUAAGAACAUAUCUCAAAGAUUAGCAAUCAUGAUCUAGUUCCUUUCUAUUUGUAUGUUAAUUUAAGCUCAAAGAUCUUAAAAGGAGAGUAAAUUCAUAAAGAAUAAAAGGAUGUCAAUGAAUGUGUAUAUUUGGAAUACUUCUAAAAAAAUCCAAAAUUAUUCAAUCUUAUUUCAAAACCUGAAGUAAUUGAAUCCAGCAAAUAGUAAUUAUUGUAAAAGAUCCCAAAAAAUUAAUAAGGAAGUGGUUUAGAUAUGAAUGCAUUUGAUUUUCCGUCCUUACCUAAGGCACCAAAAAAAGAACAGACUAUUGAAUAAUUCUAAGUCAAGACUGUUGAGCCUUAAAAAUAGUAAUAGCAGGAGAAGAAAUAAAAAUAGAACACUUAAUCUAAAAAAGGGAAAUAGGAGGAUAGUGGAGCUGCAAUAUUUUAAUAUUAACCUACAUAAGAAGAAUCCUUCCCUAGUCUUAUAUCUCAACCAGCUGAAAUACAACCUAAACAUGUAACCAAAGUAACUGGAACAUUUGUAGAGGAUGAAAGUUUUGUACCACUUACUACUUACUAACCAGUUAGAAAUUUAGAAGGAACAGAAUGGGAUUCAAAUCCUAUAGUACCAAAAAAAAGCUCGUAAAUGAAGGAAGUUGCCAAGAUAAAGAAGAAAAAUAAGACUAUAGUGUAAAUAUCUGGCGGAUUUUGUUGA